CGCGGAAUCUCAGUAUCCAAAAGCUGCGGACCUCCUAAAGAAGGCUGUAGGUGAACUUGAGAGAGUAAAUCCAGACGUCGACACUCCUGGCCCUGCUCGGGAACAGCAGAACAAAGGAGAAAAAAUUCUGAGUCAGGAGAGGGUAAACAUACAUUAUUUUAAAGAUGGCCCAAGCUCAAAAGUCAACUCUUCAACAGACAUAAGGUUGACCAAGAUAAGUCAUAAUGUUGCAGCCACAAUACGAACUAUGUUUGCACCAUACAAUACCAACUUGACUGCCUACAGAAGGCCUCAGACAAAAUUCCAAAGACAUACUUUUAAGACCACUUGGACUUACAAAUUUUGUUGUCUUGGAGGUCCUAAUGAGGAUGAGGUACCAGACAAACCAAUGAAAAGGAUACUGAUUGAAACAGGUCUGGGGGAGAAGAAACUUGCUCUAGUAAAGAACAAGGAUGCAGAGUAUUUAAGAGAUGCUUUGUUGGAGCAUUAUCCAAAAUUAAAGGAUGGUGGGGGAUACGAGUUGAUGCGUUCCUCAUCCAGAACUCUUUUGGAGACCAUAUCAAUUCCAAGUUGUGGGUACACUACCCACUAUCUGUCAGAUGAAAGUGGACUUGGCUCUGCAAUUUGCUAUAUUAGGCCAUUACAGGCACAGUUGUCUUUGGAUGCAGUAGAAAGAAGUGAGCCAUCAGAAUUUUGUCUAAAAGAAGUAUGUAAAGUUUGUGGAGAGAAGAUUCCAAUCGUCUCACUGAGAGAUCAUUUGUUCGAGUGUAAAGAGCAAUGUGAACAUGAUCAAAUGGAGGACAUGCCAGUUAUAACCAAAAGACAGAAACGAUUAGAACCUAUACAUGAUUCUGCAUGUGUACGUUUAAAUUCUUAAUCAUUUAUUAUUAGCUACAUGGACAUGUAGUUUCCAGAUAUGGAUUGAUAUAUGGUCUGACGGUGUCAAAAUGUCCUAGCAAGGCAUACCCUAACAUACAUAAUAGACAUGAUAGGAGGGUACUGUGUUACUUUAAAUGGUACACAAAAACUAUGGGAUAUAUUGUCAAACUUCAUAUGACCAACUUAUUUGAUUCAACAUUUUUAGGAGGUAGGGUGAAAAUAAUAUACCAUUUACUGCAAAUUCAUUGUCUCAAUAUCACACACUCCAAUAAGUAUCCUGGUAUACAGUUUAUUUGCAUAUGGCUUGAAUUAUCUUGUAUAAGAUCACAGUUCUUCUUAGUCCCCUACCAAUAAACCAAAAGACCAUAGGUUUUCUCCUCGUCUGUCAAGUCCUUCUCUCCCUCUGUCAAGUCCUUCUCUCCCUCUGUCAAGUCCUUCUCUCCCUCUGUCAAGUCCUUCUCUCCCUCUGUCAGUCUGUCCCACUUUGUUUUCCACACUUUUUCUCUUGUCGAUAUUGAGCUGAUUUUUAAUAUGCAGGUGUACCUUAAUGAGUUACAGAUCAAAUUUGCAUUUUGUUCGGCGUGGAUGAUUUUUGACAGAAUUAUGGCCUUUUUAAUUUUUGAGGGGAAGCAGACACUUACCAAUAGGGGACUUAUACUCUCAGAAUGCUUGUUGUCCCCCGCCUUUCGCGAAAGCGGGGGGCUAUAGAAUCCAGGGUUUCGUCAUUCUGUCAUUCCGAAGUUCCGUCAUUCCUAACUUUAGUUUCCCUGAUUCGAUUUAAAGGAAACUUAUAUAGAUGAGAGGGAUAGGGAAGGGGAAGGAUCCUAACCAUUUUGAAGUCCGAAGAUCAAAGGUCAAGGUCACCGUUACUAAAAAUAGAAUUUUGUACAUCAAACCUUUUGCCAAGUGGGAAAUUUUUAUUUUCCAUCCCAUUUUGAUGGGAUUUAUUUUGUUUGUUAUUUUUUUCUAUUUCCAGUUAUACUCACCGAUAAGAAAAUUACAAAACAUUGCUUCUCUAUGUUAUGCUCCUUGGCGGGGGACCUUGAGCGCUGCUCGAUUUUUAAUAAAUGUUAGAUUGAAAUUGAAGAAAAAAUCACUUUCAUUGGAUGAUAUCCAACAUUGUAGAAAUCUUACUAAGUUGCGUUCACCUGCACGAUAUCUUGAAGCAAUUGCUUAGUGAGUUUGUAUCGUUUAGUUAUUGAAUCAUAAAACAAAAAAAUAUUGCUGGAGUUGAGUGGGGGGGUUGAUCAAAUUGAUGAUUUAGCAUUCCUUGAAGUACACUAUUUAUCUGGCCCUUAGGGCUCAAUGAAUAUUGCGCUCCUCUGCAGGUAGCUAAAUUAUUUUAUUAUAUUGUCUAGUUAUGGUCCCUAUAUAAUCUAAACAAACGCAAAGGCUUCAUAACACUACUUAUUCACUGGAGGGUCAGUGCGCGUGCAGCGGCGAUUGUGACAUCUAAAAGGACACCUCAAACGUUUAAAAACUGGUUGCAACAGCCAGAGCCAGCUCAGCUGUGUAUCUGAGCAGAAAAAUGUCAGGCAAGCCUGUUGCCCAAUUAUUUUCAAUACAAUUCUAUGUCUUACACUCAACAAAAGGAAAACACAGAAGGUAUAACUUGUAAUCUGAACAUUUUCCAUCUUUCUACGACAGAAGUUUGUCAAUGAAAAACCGUCGUCAUUCAGCCUUUAAUGUCUUAUAAAUUCAAAUCAGGACUAUAUAAGAAAACAAUUAUUAUUUUCACAUGCAAACUAAAUUAUUUUCACAUGUGAAAUAAGGUUAAUUGGCGGAUUGGCCCCCACCCCCACUCUUUUAGUGGUAGUAAUGAAUGUUAAAAAUGUAAUAAUGAAUGAACUGAUCAAUUGAAGGAUGAACGGAGCCCCAUCCCUCCAAUUUAGGAGUUCGAAGUUUGGACAAAAGAGACAUUUUAGGUUCCUUUUCUGCUUGUCAACAAUUGUAGAAGACAAUUUCUCCUCCGACUAUACCUAUACAUCUUGAAAAACGAUGCUGCGUGUUUGCGUACUAUUCUAAAUCUUUCCAAAAUAAUCCCUCAGCGAUACGAAUUACAUUGUUUAUGCAAUUGGCAGCCGCCAUAUGUAAAUUAAGUGGCGGCCGCCAGAUAAAAUAACUGGCGGCCGCCAGUUAAUUUAUAUGGCGGCCGCCAGAUAAUAAGUGGCGGCCGCCAGUUAAAUAAAUAUUAAUUCUAUACCCUGGCACCUAUCGGCUUCCGUAGAAUCUCGAUCUGGUGCGUUUUAUUCCUUCCUGUUGCACCUGAAUUGGUCUUUCAUUCGAUGUGUAUCAUAACUAUGUAAAGUACAUGUAGUGUAUCGAGGCUGUUGAAGCGAUAUGAAAUUACCAUACCACAAUCAACAUUUAGGGGCCAUUGCUUAGUCGAAAGUCUAGAACUGUUUUGAAAACUAUAGUAAAUGGUUCCUGUGACACUCUAUCAUUUAGACGAGAAAAAUCUUUCAAGAAAAUAUACAUUACAUGUUAAAACAGGUAAUUUCACCAUCUUUCUUUUGAAUUCUCCCGAAUCGUCGUCAUAAGAAUGGAACGUCUUUUCCAGAUAAUCAAAAGCAAAGUCAAAUGUGUCAAUAUUUAGUAUAUAUGUACUACACAACAUCUUCUCCCUUAAAAUGUAUGAAUGACAAUGAAAACUUAAUUUAAAAAAUAAAUUCAAGACUUUAACGCAUGUACAUGAAAUCGAUGCAACAAAAUUGACACCGAAUAACAUGUACAGGAUAUAUUCAUGAUACUUUUGACUAGGCAUUUGCAAUAGUAUUUUGAUAUGCUUAAUAUCAUUAUGAUACUCUUGUAACAAUAAACUUCAUCAUGGGAGUCUUUAAUUCUUGCUUGAUAUUUCAUGCUUAAAGGAAAGGGGUUUGGGUUAGGGUUAGGGUUUUGUUGACAUUUAAAUAAAGGGUCAAAACAAGAGAAACAACUCUAUCUACAUUGCAGAAAUCAGAGGAAAAUUGGUAAAAAAAAAAUAAAAAAAAAAAAAAGGACGGAAAACACCUUAUCCUACCUGGAAAAAUAUAAAUUUCAGUAACUUUAGAUGAUACCCAGCGUGUUUCAUUGGGGGGGGGGGGUGAAAAUUGAGCCAAUCGGAAGAUUUCCUCUGAAAAGAGGAAACAUCACACCCCUGACAUUGUCGCGACGAUAUGAUGGUCUUGAAAUAAAGCAACCCCAACUACUACAUCACUAGCAUUAAGGUAGUACUCUACAUCGUCAUAAUGGCUGACUUCCUUUAAAAACAUGGAUGAAAAAAUCGAUAUCAGCAAUAUUGGACUUUUCCUUUUCCAUUUAAAUACCUAGCCGAGUAGCUCAGUAGGUUAGAAUACAGACUGAUGAACUGUAGGUCGCAGGUUCGAGUCCAGCAGGGGUUUUAAAUUUUUUUCAGAUUACCUUCUACUAAAACUGUAUUUUUUGACAAAAUAAAGUAAAUUUGAAAAUUAUCAACUUCAAAAUAUUGUUGUACAUAUUCUCCACUUUUCAUCUACAUCAAAUUUCUCUGGUGUAGCGUACCUCCUUAACAGUACGUUACAUUGCUGAGAGGGAAGUAAAUCAUCAUAUUAAAGUUUUCGAUUUUCGGCCAGGUUGCACAUCGUGCAUCUGACUUAUAGUAUGGUGAAUGCCGGGUGUCCCUGUAAUAGGGUACCUAUUUUGUGUAAUCAACUCCUCUCGGACCUUUAAUUUGACAUUCCUCAAACUUUAUACAGUUGGUAUGGUCACAUUGAAGAUGUGCAUGUGUCUUUUUGAAAGUGAUCAGAUAUUUUUCGAAAAUUUUACUUGUAGUUAAACUUUGUAAUUUUUUAAAGCAUGUCUUGAAUAAACGGUAAUUAUUUUGUAUAAUCAACCCCUCUCACACCUUUAACUUGACAUUCCUCAAACAGAAUAUUGCACACAAAUUAAGACGUUAUCAGUUGUACAUAGAUAAAGAACCAUAAAUCUAAACAUGCUUAGCACUCACGGUAGUAACCGUUAGGGUUCUAACAGCUAACACCUGCCGUGACAGGGGACCUCCGUUUUUAAGGUCAUAUCUGAAAGACCCAUGAUUCUCACUUCUAAAUGCUGAGCGUUUGGCGAAGACGCAGUCACUACGUAUGUUUACGUCUUAGGUUUGAACCCCCCCCCCCCCCCUGUGGCACAAGUGGGACUCGAACUCGCAAUGUCUCGGUUACGAAGCUAACGUCGAAUAGUAUUAUGUUGCUAAACUCAUAGAAAGGUGAAAAAUAUGUAGGUCAAAAGAGAAUGUAUUUGGUUAAUAAAAUAGGUAUGUUUCAAGACAUUGUCCACAAAGUCAUUCUGAUACUACAUCAGUGAUACGUAUAUCAUUCGUCAGUUGCUAACGUAAAAUUGUCAAACUCGCUGACGUCGUCGUAUAUAUAUCGGCAUAAUAAGCUGAAUAUCUCCAAAACGUCUAUUGCUGAAGUACGGUUUAAGGUACAAGAACUACUCAAAAGGGUUACUGAACUUGAAGCUGCACAAAAUAUAAGAGAUGAAACCCUAGAGAAAUAACAGAAAGACCUCUCCGAUUUCAAAGGAGAUUUGAUUAGUUUGGCAAAAUCAGAGGAUGCGGUGCAUGAAAGGUGAAGAUAACGAACAGUGCAUGUAUCUUCGUGUAAAACGUUCCAGAAAAUCUCUAGAAUUCAACUGGAAGGUCUGUAUUACACAGCUGUGAAGGAGAAACUUCAAACGUACUGCACCACAACAUAUGCCAGAAGUGGUGUAAAUCAAAUGUGGAUUCUAAAAAAUUCUAAAGAACUCUUAGUAAAUUUGAAAUCGCAAAACGUUUCUCUUAUCAACAACAUCAAAACGUAUGAUUUUCAACACUUUACACGACCAUUCCUCGUAAUAAAUUAAAGACUAGAUUUUAUGACAUCAUAGACAGUUGCUUCUUUACCAAAAAAGGAAAACGGAAAUAUUCGUAUCUAGUGAUCAGUCAUCCAAAAAAAAUACUUUUUUAAAAACACCUCUCUGGUUCCAUGCACAAGUACUCUUAAGUUGAAAUUUAAAAAAAUAUGCUAGAGUUCCUCAUUGACAAUAUCUUUGUGGCCUUUGGUGAUCAGGUCUUCCAACAGUCUGUUGGAAUUCCCAUGGGCACGAACUGUGCUCCGUUGUUAGCUGACAUGUCUUUAUAUUCUUAUGAAGCAGAAUUUAUUUAAAAACCAAUGUGUUUCCAUUGGACCUAUUACACAAGAUACCCGUCAGUUACCUUUUGGUGUUCCCAAGGGAUCUGUUUUGGGACCCAAAUCAUAUUGUCUUUUCGUAAGACCCAUAGGAACAAUACAUCAUCGCCGUGGUAUGAAGUACCAUUGCAACGCGGACGAUACACAAGUCUACAUGGUAAUCAGAUCAGAAGAAAACUGGAUAAACUACGUAUCUCGCAUGGAAUCUUGCAUCAGAGAUACGUUGCAUUCCUCUUCUUACCCUUGGAAAGCGCUUUAGAGUAAGUUUUGUAUUUUCUCCCGCAGUAAAACGUGGGCUCAUUGUUCCGAUUUAUAAAGGCAGGACUACUGAAAUAUCUGUAGAUUUGUAGCCUAGUUGCCAUGCAUUUUUAAAAUGUGUGAAAAAGUUCUAUCAACAAAACUUUGCAGGCCCGGGCCGUGUCAGUUAAGAAUUGUUUUCAUUUUGACAUUUUUAUAACGAGCGAAGCAAGGCUCUAAAGGUAACACGUAUGUAAAAGAAAAAAGUCAAAUUCAGCAAAAGAAAAAGAGAUAAUCUCUAUGUACGUUCACUUAAAUUUUCGUGAUCCAUAUGGGCGCCGCCAUUUAUUUUUUCAUUACCUGCUUCAAGAGUUAUUCGUGUUUUAUUUUGAAUGCCAAUAAUAGAAGACUCUGACGUGCACUUCGUAAUUUAAACACCCAAUUUGUUCAGAAUGAAUAGUAUAAUAAUCAUUAUUGCAGGUUUUAGCAAAUAAUUACAUAUAACACCAUAAUACGACUAAAUAGAUGAACGAGUUCAUGAGUUUCUUUGAAUAAGAAUAUACGAUAAAAUUACGGUUACUUUUUUACCAUUUUGAAUUUAUUGGUUAAUUUUGUUUAGUUUUAUAACGGCCUUUUUCAUUGCAUACGGAAUGUAUUAUUGUUGUUUAUAAUUGUUUGCUUUGAAAAAGAAAAAAAAGUCGAGGCUAAAUGUGACGUCACAAUGCACAGUUGACGUCGCCUUGCGUUUUAUUUCCCGCGUUCAAUGAAUAGGCGGAUCCUGUAAAACUGUUCUCCCCAUAUAAACCCCUUGAAUAUUGAGAUCUUACUGGGUUUUUAGCGCAAGGAAAAUUUCAUUAAAAAUAUAUAUAUUUUUAAUGAAUCAUAAUCUACCGUACUUGACGGAAUUAUGAUUACCACUUGGGACUCUCCAAUGACAAUUACAUCCUUCGCUCGGUCCAACGGUCACACCGUAUACAUAUUAUCUAUUUACAGUUGUUCACCUACACACAUGGUUGGAAUAAAAUUGAA